GAGCCCGGCCCCACCGGGAGGGGUAACCCCUUCCCCGCAGGCUGCGGGGCCCAGGAGCCGCGGCUCUGGGAAACAGCUCCCGCAUCUCGACUCUCCAGGACCCUCCGCACGGUGCUGUGCCGUGCGUCUGUGCCGUACCGGUCCGUGCCAAGCCGUCCCGCGUGGGCGGGCUGCGCGGGGCUAUAAGGCGGCCCGACGACGGGGAGCAGUGCAGUGCCAUGUGUGCCCCGGGGCUGCGCUGCCGCCUCCUCCUUCUCGUCCUCCUCUUCCUCCUUCGAUUUGCAGCUACUAUCAGAGCGGCCCCCAGUACCGGAGCGGCCCAGCUAGAACGGCCCCGCACUCGCCGUGGGCUCACCUACCCCGGGACGCUGUGGUGCGGUGCGGGCAGCAACGCGGAUGCCUAUGAGCAGCUGGGGGAACACCGGGACACGGAUCGGUGCUGCCGGGACCACGAUCACUGCCAACAUGUCAUCCACCCCUUCACUGCCCGCUACGGGUACCGCAACCUGCGCUGGCACACCAUCAGCCACUGCGACUGCGACCGCAGAUUGAAGGAGUGCCUACGGCAGGUAAACGACACAGCCUCGCGGGUGGUGGGCCAGGCCUUCUUCAACGUCAUCCAGGUGCCCUGCUUUGAGUUCACUUACAAGGAGGAGUGUGUGGAGCCCUACCUCUAUGUCUGGUGCAAGAGGUACAACACGGUGGCUGUUGCGGUGCCCAGGGAGCCACUGCUGUACGAGUAUGGUGGGGAGCUGAUUGAUCGGGCAGCGAGACCUGAGAAGGUCCCUCCAAGCCCCCCACAGAGCAGUGGAGGUGGAGGAGCCACCUCAGUGGAGCAUCAGCCACCUACCCACCCACUAUCCAGUCCCAAGGCAGCCAAGGAAGAGAAGAAGGGGAAGAAGAAAGACAAGAAAAAGAAGGGGAAGAAGAAAGACAAGAAAAAGAAGAGGAAAGGUCUGAAAAAGGAAAAUCCUUCAAAAAACACAGAGCCAAACAGGCCUGCAGCUGCUGCCCUCACUGGGCAGGACCCACAGGCCCCACUACUGGACUUGGGGGAAGUGGUCAGUGCCAUCGUAAGCCAUUCUCCAGAGCAGGAGGGCUUGGAGCCAGCACUCACCCCUGCAUCCCCAGUCCCUACCCUCAGCGGGAAGAGAAAGGAGAGAAACAGAAAGAAGAGGCUGAAAAGCAAAGCUGAGGCAGAGCCUGCACGAGAGCCAUGGCCCUGAUUCCCCGUGCACAGGUCACGGCUGUGUAAUAAAGUUGGCUGCUGGAGCAGA